AUGGGAGCACUGGAGGGAGUAAAAAAAGAUGCAUCGAUAGAGAAGCUGGGGAGCAGGGCGGAGACAACACUGGAGAGCAUCAGGAAGGUGGCAGAUGAAAUAAUCAGACAGAGCCAGACCAUCAGCCGGUGGAUAACAGAAACAUCGCACGAGACGCAGAGACAGUACCAGAGACAGAGACAGCAGGCAAUAAGAAAAGAGGGCAUGCUGCAGGACACACUCGCUCAGCUAAAGGAGGAGAACAGCAAGCUACUAGAAGAGAGACAGAGGCUCGCACAGGAGACAGAAACAGAGCAGCAGGAGAUAAGGGCGAUGAAAGCAGAGCAGCAGGCCAUAGAAGAAAGACAGAAGCAGGCUCUGAAUAAGAAGUGCGCACUGAAUGCAUCGCUCGUGCAGAUAUCAUCGGAGAUAGGGCAGCUGAGAAGAGCGCUAAAGCAGGAGGAAGAAAAAGAGGAGAAAGAAGGAGAGAGAGUGCGGAAAGAGAUGGAGUACUACUCAAAUCUAUUCGGUCUGACUAUUAGCACGGUAGAAGGAGGAUCAGUUUUAUUCCUGUUUAAGAUGGAGGAGAGUGAGUACUACUUCCAGAUAUCCGUGAGUAAUGACGUAUACAGCAUAGUCAAAGCGAGCGCGAAUGAAAAGAUGUACAAGCCAGCCCUAGAGGAGCUAGAGAGUGGACACGAUCUGUUCCUGUUUGUAAAGAGAAUGAAAGAAGUAUUUGAAGAAGAGCACAGAAGAAAAACAAAGGAGAACUGCGAUAAAGCAGAGGUUUAG